UAAUUAGCCAGAAAUCCGUUAUUUGUACCAAUGGCUGAGAAGAUUGAGGAAGAGAAAGCUCCAAGCGCUUCACAUAACCUAACAUGUCCACUAUGUCUUGGUAUCUUCGAUGAGGCAACCAUCCUGACUUCAUGCGGACACACCUUCUGUCGGAAAUGUCUCAAGAACUAUGACCUGUCCCAUCAGGAUCUCGAUCACAUGACAUGUCCUCUCUGCAGGGAGGUCACCAAGUUGUCUGCGAACCGUGUCGAUGAUUUCCUCACCAAUGUGACUGUCAACGGACUCGUAGACGAUUACAAGGCCAAGUGUGGAGGGGUGAAUGCUGCCCUGGAGGUGCGUCCAAAAUGCACUGCUUGCACGUCCCAUCAAGAUGCUGUCUCAUUCUGCAGAACAUGUAAUAGAUACAUGUGUGAUAAGUGUCUGGAUUGUCAUCAACAUCUUAAAGUCGUUUUUAAAGGACAUGAGAUUGUAUCCAUACAGGAUAUCCUCGACGGGAAGGCCAGCAUUGGUCACCUAUAUGAGAAGUGCUGCAUCCACAAACAAGAGAACAAAGAUAUGUUUUGUGAGGAUUGUAAAGUCCACGUCUGUCACAAGUGCGUGAUAGUCAGUCAUCAAAAUCACAACAUUAAGAAUCAGGCUGACUUCGAGCAAGAGUUACGGCUAAAGGUGAACGAUCUUGUCCAGCGUUGCGCAAGUAAGAAAUCAGAACUGGAGAAGAACAUUCAGAAUGUGGAAGUACAACGAAAUGAAGUAUACACUGCCGUGCAGAAACUACUGGACGAUGUCAAUCAAGCCUACAGCAUCAAGGCCGAAGAGCUUGAAGAAAAUCUUCGAAAUCUCAUCGAGCAGAUCAAUGCAGUAAAGCGGAGUUUCGAUGAUGAUCUCAACGUCUUGAAAUCCAACGAUCGACAAAGGAUCAAGAGUAUUUGCAGUUCAAUAACACUGGUAGCUAAUGACAGACUGGGUCGUCUUGAGACAGACAGUGUGUCUGCUCAUACCUUGCUCUGUGAGGAGCUGGAUGCCAUGCUGAAGGAGGCUACUGAUCACACUUCUGCGGCAGCCAUUGCGAAGAGAGCACAGGAGAAGAGGUUCAAUUCUGCAGAUGUUACUUCUCUUGAACUUGGGAGCAUCUCAGAAUUAGCUCUUGAUCACAGUCCUGCUGCAGCCAUUAACAAGAAAGCACAGGAGAAGAGGUUCAAUUCUGCAGAUGUUACUUCUCUUGAACUUAGGAGCAUCUCAGAAUCAGCUCUUGAUCACACUCCUGCUGCAGCCAUUAGCAAGACAGCACAAGAGAAGACGUUCAAGCAUGAAGGUGAUACUCGUAUUGAACUCGGAAGCAUCUCAGAAUCAGCUACUGACCACACUUCUGCUGCAGCCAUUGGGAUGACAGCACAAGAGAAGAGGUUCAAGCCGGCAGAUGUUUCUUGUCUUGAACUCGGGAGCAUCUCAAACUCGGAUCCCAAGUUGCAAUUAAUGGAGUCUGUAAAUCUACGGGGACGGAUGCGUUGUAUGAGCCCGUUCUCUAAGGACAGUGUAGCUAUCGGAUAUAUGGAUGCACAUGGUAUAGAUAUCAUCGAUUCAACUGGUUAUCAGGAGCAUUAUGCAAACAUAACAAGUAACGUGAAGCGCGUUGAUCUUGUGUUUCAACAAGACGGGUCGGUAUUCGCAUCGACUGGUGAUAACAAAGCAAACAUAUAUGCCCCUAAUGGAUCCAGGAAAUCAAGCAUACACGUGAAAGGCAACGAACUGAAUCUCAAACUAAACAGAAGUCCAGCAGAUGAAAUCCUCAUCGCGAACAGUGAGAAGAAAGUCUAUAUCUUAGACCCGACGGGAUCCACUCUCAAACACACUGUUCCAACAAAACACAAUACAAGCCAGGUAUCUGGUACCAGGUCGGGUUUGAUCGUCACGAGUUCAUGCUCCACCAAACCAAGCGUGGUGACGGUCUAUGACAGGGAUGGGAAUGCUGGUAAGUCUCUACAAGCUGAAUAUAGUCAUCUAUUCCUAUAUGCUGCCGUGGAUGAGCAGGACAGGGUGUAUGUAGUGAGUGUUAAUGAGUCUACCGGUUAUUACGUGGCGAUCAGGCUCUACGACCUUGAUGGGCUGAACCUCAAGGAGAGAGUUGUGUUCAAAUGCCAGGGACUUAAGCUGUCGACUGGUUAUAGUUGGUGUUACUUGGUUUCCCUCUCACCAGACGUGCUCGCGUUUGCGAUUGACAAGAAGUUGUAUUUUAUCAAAGUAUCGCUGUAAUCCAUCUCACACUCUAUAUUACCAUUAUUUGUAGUGUGUAUACCUCUCUGCUCCAGGCCUAUAUGUUUCAUAUUCGAUUGUUUAUUUGGUGAUAACUAACCGAAUGACAAGAUGCCCAUUCUCUCGAUAAAUUUUAAUUGCCGGUAGACAGUUGGCAUUAUCCAAUAUAAUAAUAACGCCCCUAUAUCGAAAUAAUGUAAAUACUGUACGUAAUAUCUAUUUCAUGCUUUGUGUAAUCGUUUCUCUUAGAGAUUUUCUGAAAUCGUUUUUUUUUAAUCAUAACCCUUCUCUUUUUUUUUCUCUGAAGGAAAUUUAAGAGGAAAACAAAAUAUUGUGGAAAAGAAAUAAAAUACUUUGAAAUUUAUGCGCAAACUGGUCGAGGAAAUAGUACAAACUUUAUUUACGAUUUGUUUAAAAUGUGAAAAUAUAAUUUUGUUAUAUUUUUCAUCUGUAAAUGUGUAACGUUAUUUGUAACCUUGUAUGGGCAUGUAAAAGUUCACUUGCAUAUUUAUUUAGACCUAUGUGAAGAUUAUUUUGUUAUUUUGUAUGCAAUGUUAUAAAUUAUGUACAAUUUUCUUUAUCAGAGAAAUUAUUAAAAACCUAUGAAAAAAAGAAGGAAAAAAAAGAAGAAAAAAGGGGUGAUUAUGAUAUCAUAAUGUAUAACUUGAAAUUGGUAAGAUAUUAAUUAAUUUCAUAUUA